AUGGCCAUCAGCGGCGGUGGGUAUUCUUCUUCGUUGACCGGCACAGGCAUCAUCCGUGCUUUCGACUCGCGAUUUCCCGAUGCUAUUGAUCAACGUACAGGCGGCUUGCUACAAAGUAUGACAUACUUUGUCGCUCUGUCUGGAGGAUCUUGGCCACACAUGUCCCUGGCAACCUACAAUUUUCCAACGGUCAACGACAUGGUAGCGGACUUGCAUACUUCUAUCGACAGGUUGUUCAACCCGCUCGGCAACACCACAUAUGCCGAGAACUCGACCGAAAUCUUCGAAGAUCUCUAUGCUAAGUCCAAGGCCGGCUUCAACAUCAGCAUAAGUGAUUACCUUGGUCGGGCCUUUGCAAACGAAUUUGUACCACCUCCUCAUGGAGGCAUCAAUGUCACACUCUCUGGCGUCCAGAAUCUGAGAAACUGGCGAAACUACUCAAUGCCAAUGCCUAUGUUCCAAGCAGCAAGACUCACGGACGAUGAUAUCGAAUUCUACGGCUUUAAGGUUCCGUAUGCGAACGCCAGUCUGUUCGAAAUGACACCAUUUGAGUUUGGAUCUUGGAUAGGCACAGACGGCUCAGCUACAGGCUUCACACCAAUGGAGUAUCUGGGAACCAAAAUUCACAAUGGCCAAGUGAGCAAUCAUUCAGCAUGCGUGGUGGGCUAUGACAGGGCCAGUUACAUCCUAGGUCUUGCAGCGUCUGCUUGGAAUUACUAUACUAUAGAGUCUGAGUCCAAUGCAAACGAGAACACCCGACAAUUCAAAAAGCGUGCGGACUUUCCAACGGCUACUGUCGACGCCAUUUAUGCUGCCUUCCAGCAAUACUUCGGUUUGAACAAAACCGAGGCAGCCUCUCCCACGAUCCCGAACCCAUUCUCAGGCAUGCCGGGCAUGAGCGGUGGUGUGGAACCGGCCGGCCUCACCCUCGCCGAUGGUUCUGAAGCCGGUCCAUCGAUUCCCUUCUGGCCGUUGAUACAGCCAGCUCGGAACGUGGACUUCAUCAUAUCAUGGGACGACGAUGGAGAUACCAUCCCGUAUGAAUGGAACAACGGCACAAAUAUAUACAACACCUACAUACAAGCUCGGCGUCACGGGUUACCAUUCCCUGAGGUCCCUCCACCGUCAACGUUCAUCAAGCGCAAUUAUACCCAAAAGCCAGUCCUCUUCGGUUGCGACACGCAAUACACGACCACGAACAGCACUGCCAGCCCUAUCGUGCUGUACAUGACCAACGUACCCUACAGCGCGUACACAAACUACACAUGGUUCACGAGUACAUUCAGCGAUGUCCAAAUGAACGAGAUCUUGGUCAACUCUUGGGACCUGGUGACCCAGGGCAACUCGACUCUGGACUCUGACUGGGUGCAAUGUCUGGGUUGUGCGGCUGUUGACAGGACGUCGGCUAAGCUUGGUAUACCGAGGGUGGCACAGUGCGAGAAGUGCAUGCAGAAGUACUGUUGGGAUGGCACGUAUGAAGCCGAGGGAGACAUUCCGAUCGUCGACCCGGUCAUGGCUGUGUAUCCUAAUGUCAGCUACGCCGAGUGGAAUGCGACACAUGGCUGGUCCUGAGGAAGAGGACGCUGCGAGCGCUUAGGAGCAUGGAGUAUGCCCAUCACAAACACGGUGCUAAGGCACUUAAUCUCAUGGAGGACGGCUACUCACACAAGAUAUAGUGGUAGUCUUGAAGAAGGAGCACUCCCAACACUCAAGGCGAGACUUGUCUUCACUUCAGUUUCAGGUUCACUCCCUGCCCACAGCCAAUGAAGCAUCACACGAAGAGUGAUGCCGC